AUUUGUUUUAGCAAACUAAUUCAUUAAAACUAUUUACUCAAUCAGCAUUCCCAUGAUUAAAUGGAAUAAAUUGAUGUUCAAUUAUAAAGUUUCCAAUUUAAUGAAAACUUUUGUUACAAAUAAUUCAUCAAUAAUAAUACCUGUUGGAUUUGUUCGGUAUUAUUCAAUUUCUUUUAGUAUUAGAAUGAAUAGUACUACUAUGAAAACUUAUAAUAGUAGUCGCUUAAUUUAUAGAAAUUUAUCAUUUACUACUAAUUUAUGUCAACCAUUAUCACAAUCAUCAUCAUCAUCGACAUCAGUAAAACCGAAAGAUCAUCAAACCAAUUUAAGUUUGGGAAUUUUUCAUCCGAAGAAGAAACGUGUAGAUAAAGAAAUAGUUGACUUAAAGCAAUCCGGAUUUUACGAUAUCUCAGGUUAUGGUUUUGCACAGUACACUAAUUUGAAAAUGCUCCACUCUUAUCUUUCCAAAUUUGAUCAUCUGUACAAAUUCCCUACAUUACCAUCGGAAUUAUCAUCAGAAGUAUUGUUAGUCUCUCAAUUAUCUAAAAUAGAUACGGAAAAUAUUGAUCCAUGGGAUGCAUUUAUUUUCAAUAAUGGAGUAGCUGUGUUUUGGAAUAUGCCUGAGGAAAAUCAUCAAUCAUUAUUAAAAGAGUUUCGUCAGUUCAGUGAAGGAAUUUUAGAAGAGAAUCUAAUUGAACGUGAAGAUUUAAGAUAUUGUUUAACCAAUGAUCAUACCCGUGUUGUCGGUGAAGACAUUUACUUACAUAUUCCAUCAUUCGAAGAUGUGUCACGUCACACAGAACAACAAUCGCAAAAAGAUCUAACAUUACAAGAACAAUAUCCAAAGAUAGCAUCAACUUCUUUGACUGACGAUAAUUCACUGUUGGAAAAAUUUGCAUUUUCUGAUGCUUUAGCCUUGUCAGUGAAACUCUCUCUAUUAGAAAAUGGAUUCGAUACAGCAGUUGUUGAAAUUGAACCAUGGAUCGAAAAGAUGAAAACAGGUCGUGGUGCUAGAUUCCGUCAAUCUGCAGUUUUACGAAAAACUGGUGAAUUGUACACAAUUAAACAUUUAUUAAAUGUUAGUACUAGUUUAAUUGAAACCCCUGAUUUCUAUUGGGAAAGACCAAAUGUUGAGAAAUUAUUUGAAAAAUUAAAAUGUGUCCUAAGUGUUUCAUCUAGAGUAAAGGUAUGUUUAAUUAAUAUAUAUUUAUAUGUGUUUAUAAUUUAUGGACGACCUUUGAGUGAUGCUACAAUGACUUUGAGAAUUUCCAUCUAUUAACUAAAGCUAAAUAAAGAUUAUAAGCCAGUGUGAGGAAUUAAGAUUAUGAUUUUUAGUUGAUAGUUAUAGUUAGGAACUAGAUUUAGAAUUUUUCAUCACAAACUGAGAUUACGUAAAAUGCCAAAACUCUAUUUAACUAAAUGGAUGAAUAGAUUUCGCGCCGAAACCCAAGACGUGUUACCCUAAAUCUAAUUGAUUCGUCUAUAAAUUAUAGUCUCAUCAAGUGAUUAGAGUAAAAUUUAAAGUUAUUUUGAUACUUCAGAUAUAACAAUGUCAAGUGUAAUUUUUUCAUAGAUAUUUGAAUUAUGCUAAAUCUAUAAUAAUUUCAGUUAACAUAGUGGAAAGUUGAAUGUUUGUAUAUGGGGAU